AUGCCGACCGUGUCGCUCCCCGCCGCGCCGUCUCCGGGCGUGCGCACCCGACGUCUCAGAGCCAAGCGCGUCGUCAACACCGCGAUCGUCGCCGCGUCGUCGUCGUCGCCCACCCCCGACGCCCUCGCCGAUAAGAAGGUGGUGGUGCUGGGCGGAGGCAUCAUCGGCAACAGCUGCGCGUACUUUCUCUCCAGGCGGGGCGUGCCGUGCACCGUAGUGGAGCGCGUGGAGAUCGCGGCGGCGGCGUCGGGCAAGUCCGGCGGGUUCCUCGCGGGCGGCUGGGGCGACGGCUCCGUCACCCAGCCCCUGCACCGCGAAUCCUUCAGGCUCCACGAGCAGCUCGCCGCCGAGCUCGGCUUGCGGACCUACCGAAAGAUUCCGACGUUGUCCGUCGCGGGGGGGCGCCGGAUGGCGGCGGACCCGCCCGUGUCGUGGCUCGACGGCGACGUCGCGUCGGCGCGCUUGAUGGAUGACGCCACCGCGCAGGUCACCCCGCUGGAGCUCACCACGAGGCUCCACGAGGAGGCGAUGAAGCUCCCGGGGUCGCGAACCGUCUUUGGCGAAGUUGUCGACGUUUUAACGACGGAAUCGGACUCUAGCGGCGGAACGCGCGUCGCCGCCGUGACCGUUCGCGACGAAACGACCGGGACCACCACGUCGUUGGACGCGGACGUCGUCGUCGUCGCCCUCGGUCCGUGGUCCACGCGCGCCUCGCAGUGGUUCCCCGACGUGCAAGUUCCGAUGACGGGGGUCAAAUCCGUGUCGCUCGUGUACGAAGCGUCUGAAGCCGUGGCGGACGAACCCGCCGCGCUGUUCUGCGCCGAGGAUCGCAACGGGUGCCACCUGGAGGUGUACCCGCGAUCCACCGGCGAGGUGUACAUAUGCGGCUGCGGCGGGAGCGAGUACAUCGACGAGGAGAGGUUGUUACCGGGUGGCGAUUUGGAACGCGCCGACGCGGUGACGACCGAUCAAAAACGAGUCGACGCGGCGAGUAAAAGUUUUAAGGGUCUGAGCCCGGGCGUGGGUGGGGCCGGACCUCGGGUCACGCAGAGCUGCAUGCGACCGUGCCCCCCCGACGCGUUGCCGUACCUCGGCGCCGUUCCCGGGGUGGACGGGGCGUACCUGGCGUGCGGGCACAACUGCUGGGGUAUCCUGUGGGCGCCCGUGACUGGGAAGAUCGUGUCGGAGCUCGUGGUGGACGGGAAGAGCUCGAUCGACCUCGAGGCGUUCGAUCCGGGGCGGUUCAUGAGCGCGGCGCAGAAGCGGGGGAAGAAGAUCAAGGGGGUGAACGUGGGGGAGCAGUGGUGA